AUGCCUUCAAGUUUGCCUUCAAGCUCUAAUUCUUCAAAUUCCGUGAACUCCCCUAGAUCCACCAUCAGCCGCAACAUCUGGGGUAGUCAGGUGAUUUCCCCUACCAGCUCGAACUCUACGGGAAGUACUUUCAGUGGAGUGGACAUCACUGAUCUGGCAAGUUUUUUGAAUUCAUCACCACCUAUUAGGCUGGGAGCUGCUCAAAUAAAAGAAAUGGCCGAUUUGAGGUCCAUGAGAGACUUAAAUGGGCCGAACACUGCAAGGAACGUCUCUAUGUUUCCACCUCGUCAAUUGUAUUCCUCUUUAUCCACUGCUUCUGUUCCUCCUGACGGACCAUCUGGUACCGCCUCUUGGGGUGGAGAGCUCCCCCCUCGGCGCUUUGAAAUCAACCCGACUUACUCCUGCAAGAUCUUUGUAGGCGGUGUUCCAUGGGACAUGACCGCAGAAGACUUAACCAUCUUCUUCUCACCUUACGGAAGAAUUCUCGUAGAAUGGCCUGUUAAAGACACUGUCACUCAACCCAAGGGGUAUGUUUACAUAAUCUUCGAAGAUGAGGUCAAUGUAAAAGUACUGCUCAACAACUGCGUCCGUGAUACCAGUGACAACAACUUGAAAUACUAUUACAGACUUAUCACAAGGUCUCUGAAACAUAAGGUUGUUCAAAUAAUUCCUUGGCGAAUAACCGACUCCAACUUCGUGAUGGAACCGACACGGAAGCAGGACCCCAACCUCACAGUUUUUGUUGGAGGACUUCACGGAGCCUUGACUGCAGAAGGUUUGUUCAUAAUUAUGAACGACCUUUUCAACGGUGUGAGCUACGUCGGCAUCGACACAGACAAAUUCAAAUAUCCCAUUGGCUCUGCCCGAGUCACAUUUAACAACAAGUAUUCCUACAUGCAAGCAGUCAUGGCUGCGUACAUCGAAAUAAAGUCGAAUCUGUUCAGCAAGAAAGUACAAGUUGACCCGUACCUGGAAGAUGCCAUCUGCUCCAAAUGUGAUCUCCGCCCGGGGCCAUUAUUCUGCAAGGAGCUGUGCUGCUACAACUACUUCUGCCAUGGCUGUUGGUUCAGUCAUCAUCAGGCAUUGUUCAUGAUAAAUCAUCGACCUCUAGCAAAAACCUCAAAGUACAAGAGGAGCAUGCAAAAUGCACGUUACGUGCAGUUUAGUCAUUGCUAG